CCUUCAGUGGAAUUUAGGUAGGGUUAUGUUAUGUUUUGUAAUAAGAUUUUUUGAUGGUCUAAAAACUUUUUCUUUAAAAGUAAAUUAUUAUAAUGUCACUCUUAAGUAAAAAAUUGUUGCAGAUUACUUACACUGUUUCAUCUCAAAAAUUUCUUCCAAGAUUAUUACCUGUUCUUAAUAUAGUUCCAGCUCGCGAAUAUGCCGCCCGAAAAGGAACGCGGGAGAGAAAGAACAAAAAAAAAGUAAAGGUGGAAAUUAAGAAAAUCGGGUUCAUUCCCCACAAUCUACGGGAUAAAGAAAAAAUGCUUGCAGCUCGCGCUUCUCGAAAAUUUGACGAUUCAUGGAAGCGCGACCCUAUCGAUAACGUUUUUCCUAUGAAAUAUUACAAGUGGAUCGUGUAUCCGUUUGUCGAAGCUGUUAAUGCGCAUAGAGAAACUCACCAUCCAGAAAUGUAUAACAAACCGAACGCUGAACUCCAUCUUACAGUAGAACUAAACAUGCAAGGGGAGAAGAAGACGAGAUUCCUGGAUAAUUUCUAUAGAAUCGCACCCAUACCUCAUAAAUUCGAUCAUGGCGAAGAAAGAAACUUAUUGGUUUUUGCCAAAAACUUAGAAAGUCAAAAGGAAGCUUUAGAUGCAGGGGCGCAGGUUGUUGGGGGCGCGGAAAUAAUUAAACAACUACAAGUCGGGCAGCUUUCGUUGUUGGAUUUUCAACAUUAUAUAGCUCACCCAGAUAUUUUACCUGAAUUAGUGCAACUAAGGGGGAUCAUGAAAAGAAAAUUUCCAAAUGUUAAGACUGGAACAUUAGACGUAAACCUGGGAAGUACAGUAGAUAGGUUUUUAAGAGGCGUCAGUUACCAGGCUAUUAAAGACGAGUAUGAAAAAGAUUUUGGUCAAAUAAAUGCCAUCAUAGGAACGCUGAAUAUGGAACCAACCCAUUUAGAAGAAAACUUUGCUUCAAUAAUUAAAGAUGUCUAUACACAAAAACCAAAAAGAGCAGGCAGUUUUAUAACUAGGUGUUAUUUAUGGAGUCCACCUUCAAGGGAACAAUUAAAGAUCAACCAUGAGUUGUAUCUUAAAGAUAUGAAUGAAAAAGCAAGGGAAGAAAGUGAAGAACUUGAAUUAGAAAGUGUAACCUUAUAAGUUAGUUUUGUUUAAAUACAUUAUGUUACUAGAA